UGAGAAUGAGAGGCACUGUUUUUUUCACUCAGGAUAAUUUAUGGGAGAGAUAGACACUAUAUAAAGGGAAGUACGUCUGGGUGUAUAUGCAUUGCGAGCUCCAGCCUUUGAGUUGUCCCUGCGGUUCGUAUCUCCUAAUCUGCACAAGGUUGGAGUUCUUAUAGUUGCAGCGUUGUUCCAGUGCUGAAGUUUUUUCCAGUGGCAGCUGCUGGAUUCACUGCACUAAUUACUUAUAUUGUGAAGGGAAAGCAGAUAUACUGACUGCAUCUACUCGACGUGGUGUGAAAAUACUGUUGAUCUUGGGUCUUCAGCCGUCCAUUAGAAGACGAUGCCUAUGGCGCAACUGCUCGUCGAUGUUAGUAGACUGGAACUACAAAAAGUGUCUGUUUCAAAUGUCAAGCCCUCAGGAAGAAAUCAACAUGUGGAGAAAUACGAUGUGGCCUUGCUCGACUUGUUGAUUCCGGACUAUUGCAUGCCAGUGCUAUUUUUGUUCAAACCUCAUCCAGGGGACCAAAUUGGACUGAGCGGCUCGGAGUUCGUCAGGCGGUUGAAGGAGUCUUUGAGCAAACUCCUAGUUCCAUAUUACCCGUAUGCAGGUCGUUUCUGCAAAACAUAUGAUCACAGGAUACGUGAGCUGCUGUGCAACGAUGAAGGAGUUCCAUUCAUCGAGGCGGAGAUUGAUCAGGAGAUGGAUAAGGUUGUGAGCUUCGACGACUUUCAACCGGUGCCUAUCUUGAGUGGAUUCAAGUUUGUCAACUUGGAUGCAGGAGUCUUCUUUCACGACAAGGCCGACUUAUUUCUUCCAGCGCUUUUCAUUCAAGCUACGAAAUUCAGAUGUGGAGGUGUCAGCGUGAACAUGACCUUCACUCACAUGCUGGCCGAUGGAAAAGCAAUUUUCCAAUUCGUUAAAGACUGGUCACAGAUGACUUUGGAAGGGCAUUGCACAAAUCUACCGAUCCAUGAUCGCUCAUUGUCACAUCCUGUGUCUCUUCUCCAAAGCUUGAUCCCAUCUGGUAAUCCACGAGAGUCACAUGUCGAGACGAAUCAUUCACAGAACGGGCAUGCACCUUUGCGGCCAGAUGACAAAUCCCUUGGCGGCGGAAAGCGAGAUCGAUCGGAUGAAGGAACUGAUAAUGGUGGUGCUCCUGCCUCUCUGAUGGAUCAUCGAGCAGUACGGCAGGACUGUGCAGAUGCAAAAGCUGCAGUGGACCCGGCGUUAGCAGUCCGAUUCCCCAUCCUCCCUGCGUGGGCUCGCAAAACGCUGCACGUGAAGAAGGCAAGCGUUAUGAAGCUCAAGCAAAGGGCCAUGGCCAACGAGGAGCGGGGACUGGUGCCCACGGCCCUGGACUGCAUACAGUCGCACAUCUGGCGGGGGCUGUGCAGCAUCCCGUCGUCCCUCGACGGCAAAAAGGGCUGCGUCUAUGGAGUGGCCGUCGAAGGUCGAGCCCGAAUGCACACCCCUGCACUUCCCGAGUCCUACGCCGCCAACGCUUUCGUCAUUGCCUACACGCAGCCUCUCGAGCAUCCUUCCGACGACCAUCUGACGGACGCCAGCAAAAUCCACGACAUCGUCCGAAGUGUCAAUCCUGAGUCCUGGCCUGGACAAUUGGGAAGAACUGUCGGUAUUCUCCUUAAUGGCGCCGCCAUCCAGCAGAGGGCGUUCUUCUCCUCGUCCUGGUACCGAUUUCCCAUGUAUGAAGUGGAUUUCGGCUACGGCAAGCCCGUUUUGGUGACUGGCAGUGCAGCGUGCUCCUCUCCUCUCACGGGCUAUGCUUUCAUCCUGCCUCCUCGCCCCGGUUCAGACUUCCUGGCUUCAGUUCAGAUGGUUCUGCCCCCGGAGCUCCUGCAAGCUCUGCUCGACAACUCCGAGUUUCGCUCCUUCUUCCACUGAGCACCAUUUCUUGACUGCUUCAUACUUUAACAGCUGACUCGGACUUUGAUCCAGAUGCACGACUCGAUUCUCUGGGUGACAGACGCAAUGGUGGGAUGGUGAGAGUCGCUGACAUUAUCAUGUACGUUCCAGAAUAGAGAGUUGGAGUUCAUAAUUGGUUCCAAUUUGCGAAAGCUCGUCUCGUCUCAGUUCAUAGUUUGUGUGAAGGACAGAUUCUAUGAAUUCAAUGUGGAGGUCUUCGUCUCAAUAGCGCGUAAUAAAAACGAAAUGGAUCCACUCUGUGAACGAGAACGCGGUGGCUGAUGCUUCGGAGAUUUCACCGUCGAGUGGAUCUAGGCGUCUCCAGGAGAUCACAGUUGGAAGGAACCGACAGGAAACAGAUUGUUCGUUGAAUAGAAUGGAUUCACUUCAGUCCUAUAAUUUUGCAUUAGAUUGCAUUGAAAUCACGAUUUAGAGGUAGGAGUAGAAUUGAUUCAUUCUCUAUUUGAUGUCAAAUAGAUGACAUAGAAAUCAAAGAAGUUGAUUUCC